GGGAGAAGGAGAGAUCCAACAUCUUUAAACUAGUGUUUUUCGGAUGCUCCUAAAUUCCACUGCAAAAAGAUCGUAUUAUUCAUUCCUUUGCAUGUCCGCUCUCAGGCAGACUGAAGCUAUCCGGGACCGCCCGUCUCUUCCUUCACCGGGGAGCAGGCGAUGUAAAGUUGGACCCCAUUGAAACCGAGUAGUGCUGUGAAGUGGCUUUCGGCCGUAACUUCAUCAGUUCUUGGAGGAAGGAUGCUGUGGGUUACUCUGUUAAGCACAAUAGCUUUAGGAUGGACUACACCAAUCCCUUUGCUGGAGGAGUCCGAGGAGAUAGACGAGCCUUGCUUUGACCCCUGCUACUGCGAGGUGAAAGAGAGCAUAUUCCACAUCCACUGCGACAGCAAAGGAUUUACAAACAUCAGCCAGAUUUCACAGUCAUGGUCUAGGCCCUUUAAACUCUACCUACAGAGAAACUCCAUGAGGAAGCUUUAUUUCAACAGCUUCUUGCACCUGAACAAUGCUGUGUCUAUAAAUUUGGGAAACAACGCGCUUCAGGACAUCCACGUCGGUGCAUUUAACGGCUUGAGUAUUUUGAAAAGGCUUUAUUUACACGAAAACAAACUGGAGGUGUUCAGAAACGACACUUUUUUGGGACUAGAAAGUCUUGAAUAUCUCCAGGCUGAUUACAAUGUCAUUAAACGAAUUGAAAGCGGGGCGUUCAGGAACCUAAACAAGUUAAGAGUACUUAUUUUGAAUGACAACUUGAUACCCGUGCUACCCAGUUUUUUAUUCAGGUCUGUGUCUUUAACGCAUCUUGACUUGCGUGGGAACCGGUUAAAAAUCCUUCCGUAUAAGGGUACGCUGGAAUAUAUCGGUCGGAGCUUGAUGGAGAUCCAGUUAGAGGAGAACCCAUGGAACUGUGUUUGCGACAUUGUACAGCUCAAGACAUGGCUUGAACGCAUACCUUACACCGCUCUGGUCGGCGAGAUCACCUGUGAGCAUCCUUUCCACUUCCAUGGCAAAGACCUGAGGGAAAUAAAGCGAAGUGAACUGUGUCCCUUGCUGUCUGACGCAGAGGUGGAGGCAAGUUUAGGCAUCCCUCGGUUGCCGUUCAAUAAUGAGAAUACGUGGCCCACAAAACCUUCGUCCAUGUUGUCUUCGUUCCACAACACUGCAUCUUCAGUUGAAUAUAAAGAGAAACAUACAAAACCAACCAAACGACCCAGGAUUCCCAAAAUGCCUCCGACUCCACGCAGUAUUUAUCCCGGGCCAAAUCAGCCCCCUAUCGCUGCUUACCAAACGAGACCCCCCAUUCCAAUUAUUUGCCCCACUGGAUGUAUGUGCAAUCUACACAUAAACGAUUUAGGAUUGACCGUCAACUGCAAAGAAAAGGGAUUUCGCAACAUAUCUGAGCUCCUACCAAGACCACUCAACGCAAAGAAACUUUACCUGAGUGGAAAUUUGAUACAGAAGAUUUACAGGUCAGAUUUCUGGAACUUUUCCAGUUUGGAUUUAUUGCAUUUGGGUAACAAUCGGAUAUCGUACGUACAAGAAGGGGCCUUUAUAAAUCUGCCUAAUCUAAAAAGCCUGUAUUUAAAUGGGAACGAUAUCGAGAGACUCACACCCGGCAUGUUUCGAGGGCUGCAGACGUUAAGUUACUUGUACUUUGAAUACAACGUGAUCAGAGAGAUUCAGCCGGCCGCCUUCAGUUUAAUGCCCAACCUGCAACUUGUGUUUCUCAACGACAACCUGCUGCGCACACUGCCCGUUGACGCGUUCGCAGGCACGUCUUUGGCCAGGCUUAAUCUGCGCAACAACUACUUCCUUUACCUGCCCGUCAGCGGCGUGCUGGAGCACCUCCACUCAAUCGUUCAGAUUGACCUGCACCAGAACCCCUGGGACUGCUCCUGUGACAUCAUCCCCCUCAAACAGUGGAUGGAGAAGCUGAGCUCAGUCAUUGUUGUCGGGGAAGUCAUCUGCAAAACCCCAGAGUUCGCAUUUGGGAAGGAUCUGCGCUUUCUGGAUUCUGAAGUCCUGUGUCCUGAGCUUAAAUUCUCCGCCCCCUCUCCUGCCAUCCCUGAUGACAUGACGUCUACAAGUAAUUAUGGCUUAGGAUACACUCCAACAAGGGGUGCUAUUCCUCUUUCGGUGCUUAUUCUAAGUCUCCUAAUUUUAUUCAUCUCUGCCGUCUUUGUGGCGGCUGGACUUUUUGCUUUUGUGUUGCGGAGACGUAAGAAACUGCCCUUCAGGAAGAGACAGGAGGUGGACCUGACCGGCAUUCAAAUGCAGUGCAGAAUAUUCGAGGACCGUCAGACGGCCUCGCCAGAGAAACCUCCCGGUCACGUAUACGACUACAUCCCUCAUCCAGUCACGCAAAUGUGCAACAAUCCUAUUUACAAACCGCGCGAGGGGGAAAUCGAAGAGCAGUUUGCCGAAACUAAAGAAAACAAUAGUAACUAUCGAACUCUGAUCGAGAAAGAGAAGGAAUGGACAAUGGCUGUGUCCAAUUCCCAACUCAACACCAUAGUUACUAUCAAUCAGUCGGGGGACAUAGCAGGCUUUCAUGAAAAUGGGGUGCUUUGUCCCACGGUAAUAGACAGCCAGAGACCCACUCCUACGGUGGGGUUUGUGGAUUGCCUUUACGGCACAGUUCCCAAACUAAAGGACAUGCACGUUGCACACGCACACCCCCCAGGAAUGCAAUACCCUGAUUUACAACAAGACGCCAGACUAAAAGAAACACUUCUUUUCACUGCGGGGAAAGGUUUCCCCGAUCAAACCCAAAGCGAAUACCUCGAGUUAAGGGCCAAACUCCAAACCAAGCCGGAUUACCUCGAAGUCCUGGAGAAAUCAUAUCGAUUCUAAAACAGAGAACAAAUACUCAUCUUUUCCAUAGCCCUAAACAAAGAAUAAGGGACACAAGCAGCAUGAUAAUAUAAGAUAUAUAAAAUGUUUUCCCCAAGUCGCUUUGGAGGAAAGGCCAUACUCAGAUAUUCAAUGAAGUGCCUUUUUCAGAGUAGCCAGCAAUGUUAACAAUCCUUAUUUUUAUAUGGAACUGAUUUGUUUGUGCAACGGAGGCUUCGGAAGUUCUUAAUUCUAAAUAUGAAGCCUUCGCGCAGUGAGGAGACAUCGCUUGUGCUCGGAUGUGGGAGAAACGGGAUGCCCUCGCGGCUGUCUCAUGCGGAAUUGCCCAAGGCCAGGCACAGUUUGUAGAUUAUUGCAGUUUGCUGCAUGCAUUCAACUGCAGGGGUGGGUAUCGCUCAAACUAUAACUCACGUAUAAUAGAGAUACUGCAACGCAUUACUGUUCAGUGUUCUAUUUAAUUUUAUAUAUUAUAAAGGACAACCGAGUUUCUGUCUCAAGGACGCACCUACGGAUCAACAUUUGUGAAUAUAUUAUGACGCUCAAGAUUUUAUGGAGUUCAACGCACUUUCUUAAAAAAAGCUUCUGGAUAUUAUCACUAACGGCUUUGUAGGACGCACUUUUAAUGUUUUCUCUCACAAAGAUUUGAAAAAAUGUGCAUAUAUUUAUUCUGUAAUUUCAGUGAAAAUUUAACUGUAAAGGUAAUGUUAAAUCAAUGUAUAGUGAUUAUGCGUCUGGUAUAGCCUUCAUAAUAAAAAAACCUAAAUCAAAUAAAAGGUGCUAAAAUAUACUAUUUUGUGACUGACACCGAACUACUGAUACGUCAAUAU